GCCACUGUCCCAGGUCCCGGCCCCGCGCCAUGGAGCGGCGCUGGCUCCUGGGGCUCGGGCUGCUGCUGCUGCUGCUGCUCUGCUCCCCGCUGCCCCCCGGGGCGCGCACCAAGGAAGUCACUCUGAUGGACACAAGCACCGCUCAGGGAGAGUUGGGCUGGCUGCUGGAUCCCCAGGAUGGGUGGAGUGGUUCGCAGCAGAUGCUGAAUGAGACACCCAUAUACAUGUACCAGGACUGCCCAGUGCAAGGAGGCGGAGACACUGACCACUGGCUUCGUUCCAACUGGAUCUACCGGGGAGAGGAGGCCUCGAGUGUCCAUGUGGAGCUUAAGUUUACCGUGCGAGACUGUAAGAGUUUCCCCGGGGAAGCCGGGACUCUAGGCUGCAAGGAGACCUUCAACCUCCUGUACAUGGAGAGUGAUCAGGACGUGGGCAUCCAGCUCCGACGGCCCAUGUUCCAGAAGGUCACCACGGUGGCUGCAGACCAGAGCUUCACCAUCCGAGACCUUGCAUCUGGUGAGAUGAAAAUGAACAUCGAGCGCUGUUCCUUGGGCCACCUGACCCGCCGUGGCCUCUACCUCGCUUUCCACAACCCGGGGGCCUGUGUGGCCCUGGUGUCCGUACGAGUGUUCUACCAGCACUGCCCUGAGGCUGUGCACGGCUUGGCCCAGUUCCCUGACACUCUCCCCAGACCCAGCGGCUUGGUGGAAGUGGUGGGGACCUGCUUGCCCCACGCCCAGGCCAGCCCUGGCCCCUCAGGAGCCCCCCGCAUGCACUGCAGCUCCGAUGGCGAGUGGCUGGUGCCCGUGGGGUGGUGCCACUGUGAGCCUGGCUAUGAGGAAGGCGGAGAGGUUUGCGUUGCCUGCCCAAGCGGCUCCUACCGGGCGGACAUGGACCCACCCCAUUGUCUCAAGUGCCCCCAACACAGCACGGCUGAGUCUGAGGGGGCCACACUCUGCGCCUGUGAGAGCAGCCACUACCGAGCCCCCGGGGAGGGCCCCCAGGCAGCGUGCACACGUCCCCCCUCAGUCCCUCGAAACCUGAGCUUCUCCAUUUUGGGGACUCAGCUGGUCCUGCGUUGGGCACCCCCAGCAGAUACGGGGGGACGCCAGGAUGUGAGAUACAGCGUGGGGUGUUCUCGGUGUCAGGGAGCACUGCAAGGCGAGGGCCCCUGCCAGCCCUGUGGGAAGAAUGUACACUUCUCCCCGGGGGCCAGCGGGCUCAUCGAGCCUGCCGUGCACGUGGUUGGCCUUGAACCCUACACCAACUACACCUUUAAUGUUGAAGCCCAAAAUGGAGUGUCAGGGCUGGCCAGCUCCAAGCCCGCCAGCGCCUCACUCAGCGUCAGCCUGGGGCACACAGAGUCUCCAGCAGGCCUGUCCCUGAGGCUGGUGAGGAAGGAGCCGCGGCAGCUGGAGCUGACCUGGGACGGGUCCCAGCCCCGCAGCCCCGGCGGGAACCUGACCUAUGAGCUGCACGUGCUGAACCAGGAUGAAGAACGGCAACAGGUGGUGCCAGAACCCAGGGUCUUGCUGACGGAACUGCAACCAGAUACCACGUACACCGUCAGGGUCCGAGUGCUGACCCCGCAGGGCCCUGGCCCUUUCUCCCUUGACCAUGAGUUUCGGACUAGCCCACCAGCUCCCAGGGGCCUGACCGGAGGCGAGAUCGUGGCCCUCAUCUUUGGGAUACUGCUGGGCCUGGGGCUGCUGCUCGGGAUCCUCGUCUUCCGCUCCAGGAGAGGCCAGCGACGAAGGCAACAGAGGAAGCGCGAUCGCGUCACCAGUGUGGAUCGAGAGGACAAGCUGUGGCUGAAGCCUUAUGUGGACCUCCAGGCCUAUGAGGACCCUGCCCAGGGAGCCCUGAACUUCACCCAGGAGCUCGAUCCCGCCUGGCUGAUUGUGGACACCGUCAUAGGGGAAGGAGAGUUUGGGGAGGUGUAUCGAGGGACCCUGAGGAUCCCCAGCCAGGAGUGCAAGACCGUGGCCAUUAAGACCUUGAAGGACACGUCUCCAGAUGGCCACUGGUGGAACUUCCUUCGAGAGGCAACAAUCAUGGGCCAGUUUAGCCACCCGCACAUCCUGCACCUAGAAGGCGUUGUCACCAAGAGGAAGCCCAUCAUGAUCAUCACGGAGUUUAUGGAGAACGGAGCGCUGGAUGCCUUCCUGCGGGAGCGGGAAGACCACCUGGUCCCUGGGCAGCUGGUGGCCAUGCUGCUGGGCAUUGCAUCUGGCAUGACCUACCUCAGUGACCACAAUUAUGUCCACCGGGACCUGGCCGCCAGAAACAUCUUAGUGAGUGAGAACCUGUGCUGCAAGGUGUCUGACUUUGGCCUCACCCGUCUCCUGGACAACUUUGAUGGUACCUACGAAACCCAGGGAGGAAAGAUCCCCAUCCGCUGGACUGCACCUGAAGCCAUUGCACAACGGAUCUUCACUACGACCAGUGACGUAUGGAGCUUUGGCAUUGUGAUGUGGGAGGUGCUGAGCUUUGGGGACAAGCCCUAUGGGGAAAUGAGCAAUCAGGAGGUAAUGAAGAGCAUCGAGGACGGGUACCGGCUGCCUCCUCCCGUGGACUGCCCCGCCGCCCUCUAUGAACUCAUGAAGAACUGCUGGGCCUACGACUGCUCCCGCCGGCCUUCCUUCCACCAGCUGAAGACACGGCUGGAGCAGCUGCUGGACACCCCCCACUCCCUGCGGACCAUGGCCAACUUCGAUCCCAAGGUCACCCUGCGCCUGCCCAGCUUGAGUGGCUCAGACGGGAUCCCCUACCGAAGUGUCCCCGAGUGGCUGGAAUCCAUCCGCAUGAAACGCUACAUCCUGCACUUCCGCUCAGCCGGGCUGGACACCAUGGAGUGUGUGCUGGACCUGACGGCCGAGGACCUGGUGCAGAUGGGGAUCACGCUGCCCGGACACCAGAAGCGCAUUCUUUGCAGUAUUCAGGGAUUCAAGGACUGAGCCCUCCCCUUCCCAACCUCUGUUCUCAGGCAGCCAGGACGGGGCCAGGGUCACUCAUGUCCCUUCCCUCGGCUGACCAGGCCUUGGUGCUGCUCCCGCCCGCCCUUCCCUGAGGAACUUGUCUCUGGAGCCUGGGAGCCUCUCUGUUUUCAAAAGGGAGAUUGGGGUAGAAGUAAAACAGUAGAGCUGGGAGGGAGCUGAGGGAGGUGGGGGUUAAUAUAUAUGUAUAUAUAUACAUAUAUAUACACAUACACAUAUAUAUAUUUUUAUAAA